UAGUGAUCAGUCUGUGAAUGAUCAUCUCUCGAGCAAGUUUUGUGUUUUUUUGUAAUGUUUGGUCGUUGGUGAAAUGGUUUGUUUGGAUGAAAUAUUUUUGGCGACUUUGAGACUUUGGGAAGUUAGGGCAAGGUUGUUUCAGAUGUGUUUGUAGUGAUGAACUUUAGUGAGACUCUCUGGAAAAUGAAGGACCCGAUGAGUGCUAGUGAAACUGUGCAGGACCACAGAAACUUGUUAGAUUGGUCCAAAACUUCUCUAGACAAUGCAACAGAACACAAACUACCUAUAAGUAUGCGAUUUAAUGAGGGACAUCAGUUAUCCAUCAUAGUGUACAGUAUUUUGUUGGUGUUUUCCGCCAUUGCGAAUACAACUGUCUUAGUUUUAAUAGUGAAAAGACGUCGGAAGACUCCUUCGAGAAUCAAUACAAUGUUGAUGCAUCUUGCCAUUGCAGAUUUGCUGGUCACAUUCCUGAUGAUGCCUUUAGAAAUCGGUUGGGCUUCGACCGUGUCUUGGUAUGCAGGCGACGUAAUGUGUAGAAUAAUGAUGUUUUUCCGAAUGUUCGGUCUCUACUUAUCCAGCUUCAUUCUCGUCUGUAUCAGCAUCGACAGAUUUUACGCCGUUCUUAAGCCAUUAUACCUUCGCGCCCUCGACCGCAGAGACAAAUUCAUGCUGAUCGGGGCUUGGGUUGGAGCCACCCUCUGCAGCAUUCCACAAAUGGUGGUUUUCCACGUCGAAUCGCACCCGAACAUUACUUGGUAUCAGCAGUGUGUGACUUAUAACGUGUUUCCCACCUACGCACAUGAGUUGACCUAUCUGUUAUUUGGGAUGGUGAUGAUGUACGCCUUGCCCUUGGCGGUGAUAAUAUUUUCCUACGCAUCAAUACUCUUGGAAAUACGACGCAGGACGCGCAAUCCUUACGGCGACAGUAUCACAAGAUCGAGUUUGGCAUUCCUAGGAAAAGCCAAAGUGCGUACUUUGAAAAUGACCAUCAUUAUCGUACUGGUCUUUUUUGUCUGUUGGACUCCUUAUUACGUCAUGUGUAUAUGGUAUUGGUUAGACAGAGAGUCGGCAAAAAACGUGGAUCAGAGGAUACAAAAGGCACUGUUUCUCUUCGCUUGCACGAACUCUUGCAUGAAUCCAGUCGUGUAUGGGGUUUUCAACAUCAGGGCUAGACGAACUGGACGGAAGGUGAGCCCUAGAGCCAACACUAUAAAACACACCUCCUGCAUCCCAACCCCAAAUGGCGACUCUCGAUUGCCGCCUCUUGAAAUAUCGUUGAAGACUUUAGAGUAGAUAUAUAUGUUGCUCGAUAUUUUUAAUUUUAUGUAUCUUUAGUUGUAGGUGUUUUAUUGUUUUCUUGUUAUUGUGUUUUUAUAAAUAUAUUUGUGAUUAUA